GACCAGAAAAGAAAAUGAAAAUGCCCAAGAAGCAAGAGGUCCAGUUCAUCACAAACACAACAGAGAAGAAUAAUUUCUAUUGGUCAAAUUUACUAAAAAACCCAACAAACAAAUUUCCAGUCACAUGUUCCUCGACAAACGCAGGAAGCAGAAUUAUAGCAAUUCUCAUAUGUAUCGCCAUACCCACCAUUCAUAGAAGCUCAAUCUUGUGGAAAACCUUCAAGUCCUUUUCUUGAUCUUAUUUUAUUAUUAAUUUUAUUUUAUUUUUUAAUUAUAUGAAUUAGUCGCACCUUAAUUGACGGAGUAGUGGUCAAUCGUUAAUCGAUAUAGUUUUCUUGUAUGGGUCUCUCCGAGUCCUCUGUUUUGUGUGUUUGUCGUCAGAAAAAUUGCGUCUUGAAUCUUUUCGCAAACAAGAGCGGGUCUGCUGAUACACGCAAUUGAAAAUCUUCAAAAAGAAGGAAAGAACUUCAAUUUGUGGGAUUCUUAAAUCGAGUUAGCUUGUUUUUCUUGCGUUGUUCAUCCCGUUAAGUCCGCUGGGUUGCGUUUUGUUUAAUAAUUGUUGAAUCUGAUUCGAGAAGGCUCCAGCUUUGCGAAUCUGCUACAACUCAGAUUCGAAGGAAGCGUUUUCUUGAAGGGUUUUGGUGGGUUUUUGUUGACUUUUCAUCCUUUUCGAGUAUUAGGUCUACUGAGAUUCCAAUUCCUUCAAGGGUUUUGCUGGGGUUUCCUUAAUUAAGCUCGUCGCAUCAAUUUAGGAAUUGGGAAUUCCAAAAUUCCUAGUUUCGUUGUAUCGGAGCAUUAGCCAUUAGGUCAGAAAUUAUCUGUGUUCUUGAAGUCUAUCAAAUGAAAUGGAUAGUGAUGUGAUUGGGGAGAAUUUAAGUACAGAAAAUUUCGAAGUUAGAGAUGAAGAAUCUUAUGUUGCUAGCACUUCUAAUGAGAUUGAAAACCUUAGUACAAUUUCAAGUAGUUCGCCAAUGAGACAUACAGAUGUUUCAUCACCUAAAGAGAUCUUUAAAUCCAAGGAAUUGAGUCAUAGUGCUCCACCACAUCCUAGAAAGGCCUUGGAUCAUAGUUCAACAGCACCUUCAACAAUACGUAGAAAUCUAUUCCCUGAAAACAAGGAGGCUGCAUAUUCAAGGUCUAUGACCGAAAAAUGGUGGACACAAUCAUGGAUUCCAAGACAUGAACUUAAAUUAGAUCGAUUGUCUGAACGUGAAAAGCAAAAGCUUAUUGUGGAACUUGUGAAAAUUCAAAGUGAUGGAACAGUGGAGGUGGAUCUAUCCAAGAGUGCACCAGUAGCUUCAGAGUUAUUUGAGUAUCAAACAAUUGAAGGGUUUCAUCCAGACAUGGAAUUCAUUGUCACUGAUUCCAAUAAAUCGAUUCCUAAAUUAAACAUUGCAGUUCUUGUAGUUGGAACAAGAGGAGAUGUUCAACCUUUUCUUGCUAUGUCAAAACGACUUCAGGAGUUUGGUCAUCAUGUUAGGCUCGCAACACAUGCAAACUUCCGGUCUUUUGUAGAGUCGGCUGGUGUUGACUUUUAUCCUUUGGGCGGUGAUCCUCGUAUUUUGGCCGGAUAUAUGGCAAGGAAUAAAGGUCUUAUUCCAUCAGCACCUGGUGAAAUAAUCAUUCAAAGAAAACAACUAAAAGCAAUUAUCGAAUCUCUUCUUCCUGCAUGCACACAACCAGAUUUAAAAACGGGUCAACCUUUUCGAGCUCAAGCAAUCAUUGCAAAUCCUCCUGCUUAUGGACAUGCACAUGUUGCUGAAGCUCUUGGUGUUCCUCUUCACAUGUUCUUUACAAUGCCAUGGACGCCGACAUCUGAGUUUCCUUCCCCCUUAGCACGGGUCCCACAAAGUGCUGGUAAUUGGCUUUCAUAUAUAGUUGUAGAUCUUCUAAUUUGGUGGGGAAUAAGAGGAUAUAUAAACGACUUUAGAAGAAAGUUAAAUCUUGCUCCAAUUGCUUACUUUAGCAUGUAUCGAGGCUCAAUUUCUCAUUUCCCAACUGGGUAUAUGUGGAGUCCUCAUGUUGUAUCUAAACCUAAAGAUUGGGGUCCACUGGUUGAUGUUGUUGGUUAUUGCUUCUUGAAUCUUGCUUCCAAGUAUCAACCACCCGAAGAGUUUAUUCAAUGGAUUGGAAAAGGAUCAAGUCCGAUAUAUAUUGGAUUUGGAAGCAUGCCUCUUGAAGAUUCAACGAAGACUACAAAUAUCAUUUUGGAAGCUUUAAGAAGGACAGGUCAAAGGGGGAUAAUUGACCGAGGUUGGGGAGAUCUUGGGACUUUUCCCGAAAUCCCGGAUGAUGUUUUUCUUCUAGUGGAUUGUCCUCAUGAUUGGUUGUUCCCUCAAUGUGCAGCUGUGGUUCAUCAUGGUGGUGCUGGAACGACUGCAACAGGAUUGCGGGCCGGGUGUCCUACAACUAUUGUUCCUUUCUUUGGAGAUCAAUAUUUUUGGGGGGAUAGAAUAUAUAAUAGAGGACUGGGGCCCACUCCAAUUCCAAUAUCUCAACUUACAGUUGAAGCACUUUCAGAUGCGAUAAAUUUCAUGCUACAACCCGAGGUGAAAACUCGAGUAAUGGAUUUGGCAAAGCUAAUAGAGAAUGAAGAUGGUGUUGCUAAUGCAGUCAAUGCAUUUCACCGCCACCUGCCGCCAGAUAUGCCGCUGUCACCACCGCCAUCUUCAAAGCGACAUGAUGAUGAUGAUGGGUAUGAUCAUGAUGAUCAUCCGACUCUUUUACAAUGGUUCUUUACUCAGAUCGGAUUACAUUGUGGCUGUGGUUCAUCUUGAAAAUAGAAGACGAUUUCAAAUCCCCUAUUUUUUUACAACUUAAUUAUUGAUUUCUUUGGGUUUUGGGUAUUUUUUAAAAUUUGGUAUUUCAUUCAAUUUGUUCAUGGUUUUUGAGCACCAACGAAUAAGGGUUUAUCUACAUAUGGUGAUGGUUUGUAACGAGAUUUGUUUUGUUAUGUUUUUCUAGGGUUGUGUCAGUUGUACAUGGUGCAUGGACAGUUGUACAUUUGUGUAGAAAUGGUUUAUUUUAUUCA